AUGCGAAACAUCAAGCUUACAAUCGAAUACGACGGCACAAACUAUCACGGCUGGCAGAUCCAGCCCAACGCGAUAACGAUUCAAACAGCCAUCCAAGAUGCACUUACAAAGAUUACCAAGACACAGACGUCAAUCAUUGGGGCAGGGAGGACGGACACAGGGGUACAUGCCGCCGGUCAGGUUGCCAAUUUUCACACCCGUUCCCAGAUGCCGCUGAUCUCGUUCCAGAAAGCACUCAACGCUACCUUGCCACGAGACAUCGUCGUUAUAAAUGCAGAAGAGGUCUCGCCAGAUUUCCACGCCCGGUUCAGUGCAGUGAGUCGGUGCUAUCGGUACACGAUUCUCAAUCGUGCAUACCCUUCCGCGCUCCUGCGGAGCAGUACCUAUUUUUUUCCCGAAUCAAUUGAGGUGCGAGAUGCAGACACAGCCUGUCAAUCACUCGUCGGCAAGCGGGAUUUUUCCUCUUUUCAACGCUCCGGCAGUGAGCGAAUCAACUCAAUCUGUGAGAUUUACGAAUGUCGAUGUUGGCAAGACCAGGAUCUGGUCUAUUUUGAGAUUGAAGCGGAUGCCUUUCUACGGGGUAUGGUUCGCGCCAUUGUCGGCACCAUCUUGAAACUGUACGACAGAGAAGAUAGCGUCAAUCAGUUGCACAAGAUUCUCGAUGCACGGGAUAGGUCGGUGGCUGGGGCUUCUGUGCCGCCACACGGUUUGUCGCUCCUGCGUGUAAAAUAUUAG